AUGAGUAAUGGAGAUGCAGAAUGGGAUUCUGGCGGGAACAUACGUACAACAUGUCGAAUAGAUAUUACUAAAUAUCCGUUUGACUCCCAAACAUGCAACAUUGUCAUUGGUAAACUUGAAUAUGACAGUGAAGUGUAUAUGUCUACAUCAUCUGAGAACGUUUUUACAACUGCUUUAGAAGGAAAUGGCGAAUGGAAAUUGAAAAGUGCAUUGAUAAAGGAGAAAACAGUCCAUCACAACGUUACUGAAAUUAUUGUUAUGUUAACUCUAUCACGUUACUGGUUUUUCUAUGUUGUCAACAUUAUGUUGCCAGUGGCACUCCUGUCCAUUAUGAUGGUGUUAAGCUUUAAGAUACCGCCCGUUAGUGGGGAACGGUUAGGAUACAAUAUGGCGUUACUCCUGUCUUUUGUUGUUCUUCUAAACCUGAUUGGAGAAUCAAUGCCUAGAGUGUCUAAACAAGUGUCAUAUCUUCAGUUGUACGUAAGUUAUCAGCUCAGUAUGGCAGUAGUUAUCACGUUGUUGUCAAUUUUACUGGUAAAAUUUCAAUUCACCAAAUCAGAAAUAAACAUUCCAGUUGUUAUUAAACUGUAUUCAUUCUUCUGUCGGUGUAAAAGACAAAAAAGUGAGAUUUCAAACAACGUUAAUGACAACAGCAGAAUCGAUCAACCUUCAUUUGAAAAUGAAGAGAAGAUCCAGUCGGAAGAUAAUGAUCAAAUGCUCGCAACUGACGCAGAACAAAUAAUUGAAAGACUUUUUACAUGGAUCUUUCUCGCCAUGUUUAUUCUGUCAACGAUUUUGUUUCUUGUAGUGGUAGCUACUUGA